CUCCCCUAACAAUCAUGCGCUUCGCAUUACCUCUGCUAUCGCUCGCCACUCUGCUGGUGCCAGUGCAAUCCCUCUAUUUCUACAUCGACGGCACGACUCCAAAAUGUUUCUUUGAGGAGCUCCCCAAGGACACCCUCGUCGUAGGCCAUUACACCGCAGAGGAAUACGAUGAGCAGAGGAAAGUGUGGUCCAAGCACGACGGGCUGAACAUCUUCAUCUCAGUCGAUGAGGUCUUCGAUAACGAUCACCGAGUCGUCUCCCAGAAAGGCUCCGCCUCAGGACGCUUCACCUUCAGCGCCGCUGAUUCAGGCGACCACAAGAUCUGCUUUACCCCCUCCUCCAGCUCAGGCUCGACGGGCUGGCUCUCCGCCUUGCAUCCCAUGGGCGGGAUCAAGCUGACGCUGGACCUGGCUAUUGGAGAGACGAGCGCCAUCGAGAGUACCGACAAGGGCAAGAUCCAAGACAUUGUGCAGAAGGUGAAGGACUUGAAUGGCCGAUUGCAGGAUAUUAGACGCGAGCAGGUCUUUCAACGGGAACGGGAAGCUGAAUUCAGAGAUCAGUCUGAAGCCACGAACGCAAGGGUAGUCAGGUGGACGUUGGUGCAACUGGUUGUUUUGGGCAUUACAUGCACGUGGCAACUCUCUCAUCUCAGGUCGUUCUUUAUCAAGCAAAAGUUGACAUAGAGGAGUUAUUCAUUUGGGGCGUGGGAAAAUCGGAGACUAUGAUUUACCUGGUACUGGGACUACAACCCGCAUAGCUGAUGUCGAGCAAUGAGUCCUUUUGUAUUAAAAGCUAUCAC